CCUCCCUUGUUUUCGCUACUUAAGACAGACAGACAGACACAAUGGUUUUAGAAGUGACAGGCUCGGCCAAAGAGGGACGUUUGAAGCCAGUCUUGUAUUGAUGUUCUGAUCGCCGUAACAAUGGGGAAGAUUGAAUGGGCGAUGUGGGCAAAUGAGCAAGCCCUGGCGGCUGGAUUCAUUUACCUAACUGGUGGCAUUGUGGGGGUGGCAGGUCAAUUCAGAGGUUGGGAGUUCGCCGCUUUUGGAGUAGCCGCAGGGGCUUUUGUGUGCCUUUUGGAAUACCCUCGGGGUAAAAGGAGUAAGGGACACAGUAUGGAGAGAACGGGCCAAUAUUGCUUCACAAUGUGUCUUAAAGCCUUUGGACCCUUGACAAGGAACUAUUAUUUCAGGGCAUUUCUCCAUGCUGCACUCUGUGUUCCUGGUGGUUUCAUGCUUGCCACAGUCUUGGGGUGUGUUUGUCUGGGAAUAUCAAGCCUCAUUUACUUAUCAGCAGCUAUCCAUGGGGAACACUGGGAGCCAAUCCUGCCCAGGACUGAAUCUCGUGCACCAGUUGGAGAGAGUGUCAAGAAACCCCCUCAGAACCCUCCUCCCCGGCCGCCCGUAGAGCUCCGCAGGAAACGGAUGGAGGACCUGGAGGGGGCGGCGUACGUCAACCCCAUAUCUGUCACUGCUAAUGAGUACUAACCAUUGCUGUCCUGUCAUCGAAGAGCUGCUCUGUUCGAAUGAACGGCAUUAAUAAGGAAAUAUAGCUUGACAUAAACAGUUGGAGGAAGAUUGAACUGUGCCUUACAUCAACAACCAACCCAUGGCUUCUGCUAGAGAGAAGUAAAAAAGUUGAUGUCAUUUUGAAAGAGUCUUGUAGGCAUUCGGGUGAUCUGUGCAAAGCCUAUUUUCUAGGCUGAUUUUAUUGUGUACAUGGCAAUUAAGAACAACAACUUCCCUAUUUUCCUCUUCCCUGUUUUACACUGUGCCUUUAAAAUUAUUUUAGUUUUCUAUACACUCUUUAAAAGCAAAUUCUGUUUGGUACCUAAUGAUUCUUGUGAGUUCUAGUUUAAGUGGAGAAGAUGACGGAAGCUUUUAGAUGAUCUCCACAUUUAGAAUCACAAUACAGUUUACUUGUGUCCUGCCAUCAAUACACAUUACCUGCUUUACUUGAUGACUUAACAGAUAGCAGUUGUAGUUUGUACUUGGGUUCUGAUGUCUGUAUGAACAUGUGCUCCCAGGGGCUUUGAAGAUCAUUUAUUUAAAUGGUCCAAUGUUACUGUUUUAGGUAUUCCAUUUGUACUGUAUUGUCUCUCAUUCUGUUUUAAUGGUGUAGAAAAAGUGUGUUUUUUUUCUAGGGUAUAAAAACAUAAAAAUACAUAAAUGCUACUUGAGAAUAAACCACCAUCAAGGUCCCAGUCUGAAAUGUAAGUGAGUGUUGUAAAUCACUCCUUAAUAUUUUCUUUAUAUGUUUCUGUACCAGCAGUGUGAGAGAGGAAGGAGAGAAUUUUCUGCAGUAUAUUUAUGACUCGGUGCUUGUGGGAUUUCAAACAUGUGCUUCCUCUUUUAUGGGCUAUUGAAAUAGACACUGUGGCAACUUGGGGAAACUCCACAUUUGGACAUUUCUUAACAAGAAUAGCCUAUGUUGGCCCUAAACAAAUGAAAGUGAACUAACUGGGUCUGUCCUCAUAACGUUUUUUAUAAUGUAAAACGUCCCUGCUGGAACAAUAUGUCGUCCUGCUUUACUGGAUUAGCUGACCUUUUGAAAAAGGAAUGUUCGGAGAGAAAACAAAGUUACUUCCCCAUUGAAUGCCGCCUGUGCAGAACUAACUGUUUCCUAAUCUCUCAGAUUUUUCUGUCCCUUCACAUUGACUUCAGAUUACAAAAGGCUCUGGAUCCUUAUUUUUGUUUUUUAUAUAGCAUAUUUGCUUUACCUUUGUUAAUCUUCUGGAAAGUGCUAGUGCAUCUUAUCAGCAUGAUUAUUUGUAAAAACGUUUGUGUUAAUUCUGGAUGGCCAGAAAGUAGACAAACCUUCAACACUGAUGCUCAUUGGAUAACAUUUGGGAUGGUGGUCUCUAUAUAUGGACUUGAUAGAACAAUUACAGGUGUUUAAUAAAAAUGUAUCAUUACCUAAA